UCCCCGAGACACAAUGGCAGCCAGUACGACCGACGGCUCCCCGUUCACCGCCCGGACUUUAUGGCAUAGCGCCGCGCCCCAACAAAGCAGGGAUCCGAUCACCGUCCGCCGGCGGACAGAUACUGAAUCUUUCGCAGCACUCGCGCACGAUCGUCUUUCGCAACCUUCUCCCCAUUCAUACAAGCACCAGCUCUGCCACGCCAGGUACUGCACUCAUAAGCCUGCUCUGCCUCUCUGAACUGAACAUUCACCGUGUCAAUUGACGCAUCACCGUCCACAAUGGCCUCCGCCGCGCCCGUUACUGGGAGCACUCCCUCGCAAGCAGCCACGUCGACAAGCGAUGGCCCCUCUGCCAAUGACAACAUCCGCCGCUUUGCAGCUCCCAGCCGCCCAAUGAGCCCGCCAGCGGCCCACACACUCUUCCACGACAAGACACGAUGCUUCGUCUAUGGACUGCAGCCUCGUGCCGUGCAGGGCAUGCUCGACUUCGACUUCAUCUGCAAGCGCAAGACGCCCUCGGUCGCCGGUAUCAUCUACACAUUCGGUGGUCAGUUCGUGAGCAAAAUGUACUGGGGAACCAGCGAGACUCUGCUGCCGGUCUACCAGUCCGUCGAGAAGGCCAUUGCCAAGCACAGUGAUGUCGACACUGUCGUCAACUUCGCUUCGUCGCGAUCCGUCUUCCAGUCCACCAUGGAGUUGAUGGAGUUCCCUCAGAUCAAGUCCAUCGCCAUCAUUGCUGAAGGUGUGCCUGAGCGACGUGCUCGUGAGAUCCUGCACGUUGCCCAGAAGAAGGGCAUCACCAUCAUCGGACCCGCUACCGUCGGUGGCAUCAAGCCCGGCGCGUUCAAGAUCGGCAACACUGGUGGUAUGAUGGACAACAUCGUGGCCUCCAAGCUGUACCGCCCUGGCUCGGUUUCCUACGUCUCCAAGUCCGGUGGUAUGUCCAACGAGCUGAACAACAUCAUUGCAAACACAACAGACGGUGUGCUCGAGGGUGUUGCCAUUGGUGGUGACAGGUACCCCGGAACCACCUUCAUCGACCACGUCCUCCGUUACCAGGCUGACCCCGACUGCAAGAUCAUCGUGCUGCUCGGUGAGGUUGGUGGUGUUGAGGAAUACCGCGUCAUCGAGGCUGUAAAGUCUGGCGAGGUCAACAAGCCCAUUGUCGCUUGGGCUAUCGGUACCGUUGCUGGCAUGCUCAAGACCGAGGUCCAGUUCGGUCACGCCGGUUCUUUCGCCAACUCUCAACUUGAGACUGCUGCGACCAAGAACAAGUCAAUGAGGGAUGCUGGUCUCUACGUACCAGAGACCUUCGAGGAGAUGCCUGGCACACUCGCUCAGGUCUACGAGAAGCUCGUCAAGGACGGCACCAUCAAGCCCAAGGCUGAGCCAGGUGUCCCCAAGAUUCCCAUUGACUACUCAUGGGCGCAGGAGCUUGGUCUCAUCCGAAAGCCUGCUGCUUUCAUUUCCACAAUUUCUGACGACCGUGGUCAAGAGCUGCUGUACGCUGGCAUGCCCAUCUCUGAUGUCUUCAGGGAGGAGAUUGGUAUCGGUGGUGUCAUGUCUCUGCUUUGGUUCCGUCGCCGUCUGCCCGACUACGCUAGCCGCUUCCUUGAGAUGGUGCUCAUGUUGACUGCCGAUCACGGUCCAGCUGUGUCUGGUGCCAUGAACACCAUCAUUACCACACGUGCUGGCAAGGAUCUUAUCAGCGCUUUGGUUUCCGGUCUCCUCACUAUUGGUUCGCGAUUCGGUGGUGCCCUUGACGGCGCUGCUGAGGAGUUCAGCAAGGCCUUUGACAAGGGUCUCAGUCCUCGUGACUUUGUCGACACAAUGAGGAAGGAGAACAAGCUGAUCCCUGGUAUUGGUCACAGGAUCAAGUCCCGCAACAACCCUGAUCUCCGCGUCGAGCUCGUCAAGGAGUACGUGAAGAAGCAUUUCCCCAGCACCAAGUUGCUCGACUACGCUCUUGCUGUCGAGUCCGUCACAACAUCAAAGAAGGAUAACCUCAUUCUCAAUGUUGACGGUUGCAUCGCUGUCUGCUUUGUGGACCUCGUCCGCAACAGCGGCUCUUUCACACCCGAGGAGGCUGAGGACUACCUGAGAAUGGGUGUUCUCAACGGUCUCUUCGUGCUUGGUCGCAGUAUCGGUCUGAUUGCCCAUUUCCUUGACCAGAAGAGGUUGAGGACUGGUCUCUACAGGCAUCCUUGGGACGACAUCACGUACCUCCUCCCCUCUCUGCAGGGUGGCGCUCCAGGUGCCGAGGGUCGUGUUGAGGUCAGCCUUUAGAUUUAUGAGUAAAGAAAAGGGAAGGUUAUAUCAGGUUCAGGUCGCUUGAUCCAAGACCUCGAUAGGCGUUUUGAGUGUGGUAGACAAAUUCUUGCCCAGAUUUGCGGGUCAUGUAGCAACAUAGGCUACGAAGGUAGCCGUGACGAUGAUAUAGUAUUUAAUGCCAAACGAACAAGCAUACAUGUACCGCAGUGGUGGAUUUGCUUCGAGUGCAACCUCGGGUCGAAAAGGGCCAUCAAAUUCGUCCGACUAACUCGCAUUAGCUUCGGAGAAGACAGCGCAAGAUGGCUGUGCCGCAAAACUUGGACAGAUGCAGGUACAAUGUCAGACAAUAAGUGACAUAUUUUCUUCACCGGUCAGUGUCCAUUCCAAGUACAGGCUAAGUCACAUGUAGCUUGGUCCACUGUUUGCUGACCCGAGUCUUGGAACACGCAGUCUCCACCUCUUCACUCCAACCUCGU